UCGAGCUCGGGUGUAGGGGCUGCCACUGCCAUAAAGUUAGCCAAAGCGGGCGCUAAAGUGGUGAUCACCGGGCGGUACGCUCUGAAACUGAACGCCGUGUCCAACGAGUGUCUCAAAGUGUCGCCAAACAAACUGAAACCACUGGAAGUGAUGGCCGACAUCACCGUCGAUGACGACUGCAAACGACUGGUCCAGACGACGGUCGAAAAGUUUGGGAAAAUUGAUAUUUUAGUCAAUUAUUGCGCCUUCAAAGAGGUCACGUACUUCACGGACAAGGAUUUUGUGCACAAAUUUCGCCACACAUUUGAUUUGACACUCAAGUCAUUGGUAUUCAUAACCCAUUUAUGUGUCGAGCACUUGGAGGCCACGAAAGGCGUCGUCGUUAACAUCUCGAGCGGCGCCUCAUUUCAAACCACCCCCGGGUAUGGCCCUCAUUGUAUGGCUAAGUCGGCGCUGGAUAUGUUCACACGAUGUAUGGCCGCAAAGUUGGCCCUCAAAGGCAUUCGCGUCAAUUCAAUCAACCAUGGUGCACUCGUUGACUACCAGUUCACAUUACCUAACGGUUCCCGCAAACGUAAGCGUAAGUUAGAGGCGGACGCCGUUGCUGAGGGGUAUGGGAGGCAGUAUCCGGUGGGCCGACCGGGAACUGGCGAUGACGUGGGAAAUGCAGUAUUAUAUUUGGCGUCCAAGAACUCAUCAUUUGUGACGGGAAUUAAUUUCAUUGUCGAUGGCGGACACCUGGCCGCCGGUAUCGCACCCAUAGUUAAACUCACCAUUUAGUAGAUUUAUAUUUUUAAAUACUAUUUAAUGCUAAGUAAUAUACAAUCUCAC